CGCCGCGCCAUGUCGCUGAGCCCCAGGCACACGACGCCCUUCUCGGUCACCGAUAUCCUCAGCCCGAUGGAGGAGAGCUACAAGAAGUUCGGCGGCAUGGACGGGGCGGGCGGGCUGGGCGCGGCCCUCGGGCCGUACCGCCAGGCGUCCGUGGCCCCCGCUGCCGCCGCCGUCCCGCAGCACGUUCCCGCGGGCGCGGCCGCCUAUCACAUGCCCCACGGCGUCUCGCAGUUUCCGCACGGCGCCGUCGGGGGCUACUGCAACGGCGGGCUGGGCAACGUGGGCGAGCUGCCUGCCUACCCCGAGGGGAUGCGGGGCGGCGCGGCGGCGGGAGGCGGCUGGUACGGGCCCGCCGGCGACCCCCGCUACUCCAGCAUCUCCAGGUUCAUGGGCCCGUCGGCGGGGAUGAACGUGGCCGGCAUGGGCGGCCUGAGCGGCAUCGCCGAGGGUGCCAAGGCCAUCGUGCCGCUGCACGCGGCGCCGCGGAGGAAGAGGAGGGUGCUCUUCUCCCAGGCUCAGGUCUACGAGCUGGAGCGGCGCUUCAAGCAGCAGCGGUACCUGUCGGCGCCGGAGCGGGAGCACCUGGCCAGCCUGAUCCACCUGACCCCCACGCAGGUGAAGAUCUGGUUCCAGAAUCACCGCUACAAGAUGAAGCGCCAGGCCAAGGACAAGGCGGCCGCCCAGCAGUUACACCCCGACGGCGCCGGCGGCGGCGGCGGCUUGUGCCAGCAGCCUUCGCCGCGCCGCGUGGCCGUGCCGGUGCUGGUGAAGGACGGCAAACCCUGCCCGCCGCCGGGCAACGGCACCCCGGGCCCCGGGCCGGUCGCCCCCGCCGCCCCCGCCGCCGCCGCGCCCGCCGCGCACCCGCACCCCGGCUCGCUGGGGCAGGCGGCCGACCUGGAGGAGCUGUCACCCAGCCCGCCGGCGCUGCACGGCCCCGUGGCUCCCCUGGCCCCCCUGGACUCGGCCGGCGUCGACUACAACGGCGGCAUGGUCAGCCCCAACCUGCUCUACGGCAGGACGUGGUAA